GAAAGGAGCGUCCCUCGGACGCGCGUGCUGCUGUACUAUUGUCCGGUGCGUGCAGAUGGUUCUCGGGUUUGAUGGCUUCAGGGAAAUGGAAUUUCAAAAUUUCAAGCUCAGUUCGGUGAUUCGGGACUUACUAAAUAAGCUUUCAAUGUAAUAUUUGACACGUCUGCUGCAGACCUCUGACUUCCCAACAACCCGAAKAGGUGCCAAAGAAGUGCGGGCGGACAAACAAGCAGUGCGCGUUUUUCCCUCUGUCUCUCUGAGUCAAGUAUUUGGAUUUGACAAAUCAAAAAUAUUUAAGCCAUUUUCAUAGCUGGUUGGUUUUACUUUUAAAUCUUGGGAUAUUAGAUUUUUCUUCUCAAUAAAACACUCUUAGUCACUUACGUGGGAUUACGAGCUCUCAUCAAUGAAGUCCGGCAUCAGUUUUAAACAAAAUUUUCUCUUUUAGAAGAACAGGCAGGUGACCGACGAAUUUAAAAUGACAUAUUUGAUUGUUUUUAUUCUGUCAUUAUCAACGUGUCUGUCUGUGGUGAAUGGAAGACAUCCAACGUGUAACUUCCUCCUGGAGCUUGAAACAGACCAGGAAGAAUGUCUUGUGAAGCUGAGGGACCAAGAAUCUUCAAAUUACUCCAAAGGAGUGGGAUGCAAAGCAAUCUGGGAUAACAUAGCAUGUUGGGACCGUGCAGAGGUUGGAGAGACUGUCACUAGAGAGUGCCCCAGAGUGCUCAAGAUGUUUUUUGGCAGAAAUGGAAACAUAAACAAGAACUGUACAGCGGACGGAUGGUCUGAUGUUUUCCCCAACAUCAGCAGUGUGUGUGGGGCAGAAGAAAAGGAUGAUAGGCUUGUCUUCUUUACGGUGGUGAAGACGCUGUAUACGCUGGGCCACAGUUUGUCUUUGAUCGCCCUCACAACCGGGAGCGCCAUCCUCUGUCUAUUCAGAAAACUCCACUGCACGCGGAACUACAUUCACCUCAACCUCUUCUUUUCCUUCAUCCUGAGAGCGGUGGCAGUCCUUGUGAAGGACGACAUCCUCUUCUCUCGCAAUCAGUGCUCUGAGCAGCCUUCACUGAUUGGAUGCAAGGCGAGCCUGGUGAUUUUUCAAUACUUUAUCAUGGCCAACUUCUUCUGGUUGCUGGUUGAGGGCCUCUACCUCCAUACGCUCCUGAUUGUCAUCUUCUCUGAAAAUAGACACUUCAUCGUUUAUCUUCUCAUCGGCUGGGGAUUCCCAACCGUGUUUGUUUCUGCAUGGGCUAUAACAAGGGUUUAUUUUGAGGAUACUGGAUGCUGGGAACAGAAUGAUAACCCAAUCCCCAAGUGGGUGAUCAAUGUACCCAUAGGCUUCUCCAUCAUGGUGAACUUCCUCCUGUUCAUCAGUAUUAUAAGGAUUCUGGUUCAGAAGCUGAGGUGUCCUGAUGUGGGUGGCAACGACCAGUCACAAUACAGGAGGUUGGCCAAAUCCACUCUCCUGCUGAUCCCCCUGUUUGGCAUCCAUUACGUUGUCUUUGUGUCUCUCAAUGAAUCCAUGGAAAAUUAUAAAAUCUUCUUUGACCUUGCUAUCGGAUCCUUUCAGGGCCUGGUGGUUGCCAUCCUGUACUGUUUCUUAAACAGUGAGGUUCAAGGGGAACUCAAGAGAAAAUGGCGGAGUAUAUGCCUCAACUGCCAUAUGGCCAGAAACUACACCCAGCACAACACCUACGCCUCCAAAAACGGCUCAGAGAACAUGGCUCAGUUCCAACGUAAUUCUCGUGCUCAGUCCUUCCUGCAGUCAGAGACCACUGUAGUGUGAGGGCUGCGUGUAAAGAGGGAUCGGUCUCCAUUAAAACGCUCUGGAACUCUGGUAUUGGCCUAAAUACACACUACAGCACACACAGCCUACAGUUGUGGGCACUAAAAAGUUAGCUUGGACCACGGUAUUGGCAGAACAAUUGGCACAGUGGCACUCUAGGAUCUUCUAAUGAGUUUGUUACUAAAACCCAGACACCGGUACAGGGUUUAAAAAAAUCUAUAUUUUCUAGUGCCCGCAAUUUAUGGCAGAUGGCGUAACAGGGUAUUUUUUGAACAGAUAUGAAUAAAUUGGGCUAUACUACAUUAAUGUCAAUAUUUGUAAUAAUUGGUUAGUUUAAGUAAACAUUUCAUUACUGGAUGCCAGGGAGAAGUGCUCUGCAUGGCUCUUAUAUCUUUAUCUCUCUCCCUCUCUCUCUCUCCCUCUCCCUGUAGUAAAAUGGAUUUCACUCUGUGGUUAACGACCAGAGAUGCCUCUGCCUAUACACCCACGGUUCCACAGCCACUAGGGGGUCCCCAACCCAAAAAUGAAAAAAACGUAGGAACUCAGUCGGGGUUUCAACUUACUGUUGAGGGUUACAAAGUAGAAUACACAAGUUGCAAUUUAGAAAUAUGGUCAUGUAUUGCAGUUUGCCACUUGUCAUGUCAGUCACCGACAGUCACUCAGUUAGCCCAGCUAUAUCAGCUCAAUUCUUUAGAUUGCUGGGAAAGGUAGUCUACCCAGCUAUCUAAACCCUGUAGUAAUCAUCACCAAAUUACAGACUGGGCACGGAGUGUGCCGAAGAGCCCUGUCCUCCAGGGGGCCCCCCCAUUUGAUUUUGUUAGUCUCACUCACUCAGAUAUCAUAUAUCAUAUGAACAUGACAUAAGUCAUGGCAAAAUGUGUAGAAUUGCAAGAAAUUAGCUUUAAAACGGCAAAAUGUUCUCUUCACCUCAGAGAUAAUGUUGCAGUUGUUUUCAUUCAUUUCAUGCAAUUCUACUCCUUUUGCCAUGGGGCAGAGAGAAAAUUGUUCAGGUUCAAAGGUAAUAUCCUUCAAUUCUACACAUUUAGUCAUGUUUGCAGUUUUUAAUAGGAUAUCUGAGUGAGAGUGACUAA